AUGGAGGCUGAUUGGGACGAGUUGUCGCGCAUCCCGAUGCCACCGCCGAGUGUGCACGGGUUACCUACGAUUGCGACGACGGUGGCAUUUGACGAUGUUAUGGAACUUUUAUGGACGGGAAAUGAAUAUGGCCGAGUCUCGUCUUUCUACGGACCGGAGUUGCAGCGUUAUACCUCCGUUCGCGCGCAUCCUGUCUCCGAAGGUAUGGUGCGACAGAUACUCUUUCACGAACGCGGUGUGAUAUCCCUAUCUUCGAAGAGUGUGCAUAUGAUCACGCGGCGCGGCUUGACACAAUGGCAUUUGGCACACGAGGAGAUGACCGAUCUCCGCUGUAUGAGUUUUACGGCGCAGACGAAUCGGGUUCUGGUAGCGGGGUGUCAGCGUGCCAUGUUCACGAUUGAUAUCGACAAGGGCACUAUCGUGGAUAAGUUGCAUACCGAUUCGAAUUAUACCCUCAUGAAGAAGAGUCGGUAUCUUUGCGCGGCUACGGAUACGGGUUCUGUCAACGCGCUCAGUCUGGCAGAUUUCAAGGUCGUUAAGUCGUGGAAGGCGCAUGGUACUGCUAUCAAUGAUAUGGAUGCGCGGAACGACUUGCUGGUCACUUGCGGCUUUUCGGUCCGUCAUCUCGGGUCCCCGAUUGUUGAUCCGUUGGCGAAUGUGUACGACUUGAAGACGCUGUCGCCGUUGCCACCUAUCCCGUUCCAUGCGGGUGCUGCGUAUGUGCGGAUGCACCCGAAACUACACACGACGAGUUUCGUGGCUUCGCAGACCGGUCAGCUUCAAGUGGUGGAUCUGAUGAAUCCGAAUGCGAUCAAUCUACGACAAGCGAAUGUUUCUUUCAUGUUGGGCCUUGACCUUUCUCCAUCGGGAGAGGCUCUUGCCAUCAAUGAUGCGGAGUGUUCCAUUCAUCUUUGGGGAUCACCUAACAAGGUUCACUUCAACGAGAUGAGCAAGGAGAUUGAAUUUGCCGACGUACCUACUCGACCACCUCCCAUCGACUGGUCUCCUGAGACUCCCUUGAACAUGGUCGGAAUGCCCUACUACCAUGAUCGUCUCUUUUCUGCAUGGCCGAGCCAUCUCGUCUUCGAAGUGGGAAGCCCGCCACCUCAAUUGGACCAGUCUCUGCUGCCAUAUCUACGCCAAGCGGAAGUCGGGCACGGAGCACCUAAUCCGCGAAAGACUCGGCGGUAUCAAGUCGAGAACACCCGUGCACUAGCUGCAGCCGAGCCUGCCCUCAUUGCACCCAAGUUCCUGAGCGAGAAGGCUCGGGAUCAGAGCAAGUCGGACGUGAGGGGUUCUGUUAGUGACACGGCCGAGGCACUGGCGGGCGCGAAAAUCAACGGCGAGAGUGAGGAUGACCCCCUUCUUAAAUACAGCAACGUCGAGAUCAAGUACAGUCGAUUCGGCGUUGACGAUUUUGACUUCCGAUUCUACAACCAAACUACUUUCUCUGGCUUGGAGACUCACAUCGCCAACUCCUUCACGAAUUCUCUCCUUCAACUCCUCAAAUUCAUCCCUCUCUUCCGGAAUCUUUCCCUGACCCAUGCUGCUGGUUCUUGUAUCUUUGAGCACUGCCUCCUGUGCGAAUUGGGCUAUCUAUUCGACAUGCUAGAGAAAGCCAAUGGUCAGAAUUGCCAGGCUACCAACUUGUUGAAAACAUUCAGCAGUUUCCGUGAGGCUUCUAACCUGGGUCUCCUUGAGGAAAACCUUACAAACAAAUCUCUCUCCACCGCGAUUCAGGCCGUGAAUCGCUUCUUCCUCACGCAGAUUGCACAUGAUUUCAGGAUGAUCCAGCCUAGCUCUGAAGAGCUGGACCAGCGCCUGGCUACUAUUGCGUCGGAGUCCAUCCGGUGCAUGUUCUGCCAGAACGAGACUGUACGCCCGGGUAACUCUCUUGCAAAUGAGCUUCUCUAUCCCAACUUGGAUAUCAAACAUGCACGACGCAACCCGGCGUUCCGAUUCUCCAGCAUUCUGCGCGCGAGUAUCGAGCGCGAGACGCAGAACCGAGGGUGGUGCAACUACUGCCGGCGCUACCAGCAAGUGAUGAUUCGGAAGACUAUUCACCGGAUGCCUUUGAUCCUUGUCCUGAAUGCUGCCUUGACGAAUCCUAUCUGUCGUCGUCUGUGGUCGAUUCCCGGAUGGCUGCCGGACGCUGUCGGUGUGGUCAUUGAAAAUGGACAAGUAAUGUGUUUCGAGGGUGAUGAGCUUCGGUCACGCGAGCAGAAUAACACGCCCGGACUUGUGGUGUACGAUCUGGUAGGCUUAGUGGCGGAGAUCGAUAUUCCAGAGCAUCAGAAACCGCAUCUGGUAUCGUUUAUCAAUGUUUCCAUCUCGGAGCCGGAGACUCAGGAACCAGAGGAUAAAUGGCAUCUGUUCAACGACUUCUUGGUUACCGAGGUGGAUCGUGAAGAGGCGCUUAGCUUUACCCAGCCGUGGAAGCAGCCUUGUGUGUUGGCUUUCCAAGUAAGAAGCGCGCGUCAUGGUGUCGAUGACUCUUGGAAGAGCUGCUUGGAUACCACUCUGCUGUUCCGCGAGUGGUCUUUGAAUGGUGGCCACCAAGUUGAGUCCUGCCGUACACUGACCGAGGAAGAGAAGCCACAAACCGGCACACCCGUGGCCCUCGAUACCGAAUUCGUGGACCUUGAAAAGGCCGAGAUUGAUGUCAAGGCUGACGGGUCCCAAGAGAUCGUCCGGCCCAACAAGAGUGGCUUGGCCCGAGUUUCGGUCUUGCGGGCCUCGGGCGUGGACGAGGGUGUGCCUUUUAUCGACGACUACAUCACCAUCCGUGAGCCAAUCGUCGACUAUGUCACUCAGUACUCCGGUAUCAAACCCGGCGACCUCGAUCCGCGGACUAGCGAGCAUAAUCUCGUUCCUCUAAAGGCAGCAUACAAGAAGCUCUGGCUCCUGUUGAACCUAGGAUGUAUCUUUGUCGGUCACGGCUUGGCCUCGGACUUCCGCAAGAUCAACAUCCAGGUGCCGAAGUCCCAAACCGUGGACACGCAAUACCUCUUUUUCUACCCCAGCAAGAACCGUCGUCUCAGUCUCCGAUACUUGGCUUGGGCUGUAUUUAAAGAAUACAUCCAAGAAGAGCCGACUUCCGACGUCAUUCACGGCCACGACUCCAUCGAGGACGCCCGCAUGGCUAUGCGCCUGUGGAAGAAGUUCCAAGAGUACGAAGACGCGGGCAUCGUCGCCCACAUGCUAGAAGAAAUCUUCCGCGAAGGAUCAAAGCAUGGCUUCCGACCCCCUCCUAAGAACGGUGGCGUUAGCACAGCCGCCGUCCUCUCACGCCCUGGUACAGCCGUCGCCCUCUCAAACAGCGGCCGCAACACACCCAACACCCCCGAUGCUGCUAGUGUAACUGCAGCCUCUGCAGCGGCCGCCGCACCGGUGAACACGUCUACCCCUACAGCUGGCCCAGCCAGCGCUCCUACUACACCCCGUCAGGCUUUCCGGCGCUCGAUCGCCCUAACCCCUAGUAAUGGCACUUUCUCUGGCCCCGGCGCGGGCGACUUUUUCGGUGGCAGUCCGCUGCGAUGA